UACUUUCAUACGUGGACGUAUUCGACGGCACUCGGUCCCAUCGUUCUCAACUCAACUGCACUGAGGUCGAGAACCAGGCUAUCAGGAAGUGCUGCAGCGCCUGCUAUACAAACCUCCGCAAGACUAAAAAGAUGGAGGGCCUCAAAGACCGCCUGAAUAAUGCGUGGGGGCAGGGGGUCUGGAAAAACCGGAAUGCAUCACGAGUGGUGUCUUCUGCUCAAGUUGCAGUGCAGAAACUUGCUGCCUUGGGCUAUAUGCCCAUUUUAUUUAUGGGCAGAAAAAAAAAGAAUUCGUUGAUCGCCGAUAUAAAUUCUGGAAUACCACUCAAUGAGGAUACACAACCUUUUGUUGAUGCCAUGAAGAAGGCUUAUGAGUAUUUACUUAAAAAGCAAGGACCCCAGAUGCCUCCUUUACAUCCCCAGCCUGACCAGCAUAUCCAAACCCCAACCCAGCCUGACCAACAGAUCCAGCCCCAUCCUGAGUCUGACCAGCAGAUCCAAACCCCAAUCCAGCCUGACCAGCAGAUUCCACACCAUUUUGACCAGCAGAUCCAGCACCAUUCUGCCCUGCAGAUUCAGACCCAUCCUGACCAGCAGAUCCAAACAACAACCCAGCCUGACCAGCAGAUUCAGCACCAUUCCGACCAGCAGAUCCAGACCCAGACUGAAGCUCAACAGAUAGAUGAAGAUGUCAUCCUCAACCUCUAUUUUUUGCCCUCUCCAUCCCAUGUCCAGACUCCCUCUGAAGCUCAACAUCUCCAGGUCCAGCCACAGCCCCAGCAAAUUCAGCCGCUGACUGCAAAACCAAACCCUCCAAAAAAUAAAAAAGGGUGCCGAAAAUGCAGCAGGCAAAAAGUGUGGCAAUACGACACUAUCGUUGACAAAAGAAUGACAGGGGAUAAGGCUGAAGUAAAAGUGCGCUGGUUGCCUUGUUCUCAGUGUGGCAAGGCCUGGGAGGACACAUGGGAGCCAGCCAGCCAGAUCCCUUCCUGAGUUUAGCACAGGACUCCUACAGCAGUGACCUGCAGUUCAAAUGAAUAUUUCACAAACACACACACACACACACACACACACACACACACACACAAAAACAAACAAACACACACACUGCUGAUGUUAUAUGUGUGUUCAUAGUAUGUCUGAUUGCUGUACAUUUCUUUCUUAUUUGUUGUUUGCCUUUACUGUCUUUCAAAUGGCACUAAAUAUGUCUCCAUCUCUUUGUUGGACUUGUGCAGUAAAGUGAAGUUAUUGUAUUUCUGAUUAUGGUUCUAAUAAAACACAGUUUAUUACUUCAAAAAA